CGCCCGCGAGCGCCGCCCCGCGCGCCUCUCCCGCCCGAGCCGAAUUUAAACUGCGUUACUGUCCCUCGCGCAAAGCACCAACGCCGCUGCUCCCGCGCGUCCCGCCCCCUUUCCGCCCGCCAGCCAAUAGCGGGGCCGCUUCGUUGCCCUCCCCGCCAAUCAGGGCGCAGUUUAUUGCUGGCUGGGAAGAAGCGCUCGGUGCGCGCGCCCGCCCGCUGUGGAGCUGGUCCCUGGCGCGGAGCAGGCGAGUCCUCCUCCCGCUCCCCCGCCCCUUCUCCCCGCGCUUUGUUGGUGCCUCUCCCGGGAGAGCGGCGGCGGCUGCGGCCGGCGGCGAUGCCCGAGUUCCUGGCCGAUCCGUCGGUGCUGACCAAGGAGAAGCUGAAGAGCGAGCUGAUCGCUAACAAUGUGAGCCUCCCGGGCGGCGAGCAGCGCAAGGACGUGUACGUGCAGCUCUACCUGCAGCACCUCACCGCCCGCAACCCGCCCGCCCUCGCGCAGCCCGACUUUUCCAGCGACGAGGAGCGGGAGCCCACGCCUCUCGGCGCCCGGAGCCGCGGAGCUGCUGCCGCCGGGCGGAAAGCUACAAAGAAAACUGACAAACCCAGACCAGAGGAGAAGGAUGGCCUAGAUGUAACAGAGAUGAGUAAUGAAGACCUUCAAGAGCAACUUAUGAAGUAUGGAGUAAAUCCUGGCCCAAUUGUAGCUACUACUAGGAAACUUUAUGAGAAAAAGCUUUUGAAACUGAUGGAACAAGGUCCUGACCUGAAGGCACCUGUGCCUCUCCCAGCAAUUUCCGCUACUGAGAACACCAGACAAAAUGGAAACAAUGAUUCUGACCAGUACAGUGACAAUGAGGAAGAUCCGAAGGCUGAGCUGAGGCUGGAGAAGAGAGAACCUCUGAAAGCCAGGACGAAGACACCAGUAGCACUCAAACAAAAAAGAGUCGUUGAACACAACCAGACCUAUUCUCAAGAUGGAGUUACUGAGACUGUCUGGACAAGUGGAUCUUCAAAAAGUGGACCUCUGCAGGCAUUUUCUAGGGAGUCUACAAGAGUGUCAAGAAGAACACCAAGAAAAAGGGUGGAAGCUACAGCACAGUUGCCUAUAGAUGAUGCAGUAAUAUCAGAGAGUACUCCCAUAAAUGAAACUGUAUUGGCUGCGAGCAACGAGACCCUAGUUGGCAAUAGGGUGCCUGGAAAUUUCAAGCAUGCAGCUCCUACACUGUCAGUCAGUGAACUCUCAGACAUGCCCAGAAGAACACCAAAGAAACUACUGAUGUCAGCCGAACAAGAAGAGACAGAUUGCCCACAUCAGUGCUUUUUAAAUCAUGUUGGUCACAACCAGUCCUGUGAUCUGCUCAACACAGCCAUGAUAGAGGAAACUGAGGCGAUCACUGAAUGCUUUAAGACACCACAAGUGACUGGAUGGCUGCCAAUAAUUAAGGUGCUGGAGAGAGCUACAGAAGAAAGAAGAGUAGAAAGGGAUAUUCUUAAAGAAUUGUUCCCUUAUGAAGUAUCAACACCUACAGGAAUUAGUGCUAGCUGCCGUAGACCAAUCAAAGGAGCUGCGAGCCGGCCUCUAGAGCACAGUGACUUCAUACUGGAGGAAAGUUACUCUAAGUAUGCACAAAAAUACGGUACCUCGACUGACAUCAAGUCGGAGAAACCACCAAUAAAAAAAGAACGCCCUGUUCCCCUGUGGAUAAAAGUUCUUCUCUUUGUUAUUGUUUCAGUCUUCAUGUUUUUGGUUUAUCAGUCAAUGGAAACUAAUCAAGGAAAUCCUUUUUCUAAAUACAUGAAAAUGGUCACUCCGGGCAGUGCCGAAUGAAUAUAUCUUUCUGAAAGGCACACCCAAUUUGAUCUCCUGUUUUUUAAUUGUAGAGAACUCUUCUGCCCUCUCAUCGGCUCAAGGACUUCUUACAAAUAAUGUGAUUGGAACCUGAUAAAUUGGAUAAAUGAAGAAAGAUAAUAUUAAAUGGACAUCGGUAACUUUCUGGACUUUGGACAAGUAGGAGAUCACUGCCAUAGGAGUAACAUUUUUUUAAAUCUUGGAACUUUUUGUAGGCUUUAUUUUUUUAAUGUGGACAUCCUUUAAAUUCACUUUUGAGAAAAUGUAUAUUUGUUUUUGCAAGAACUUGGAAGCUGAGAAGGGCAAAAAUGUAGUAAAAUGUGAAGCUGUGUUUUUAAAGCUUUUCCUUUGUACAGAAAAGAAGUUGUUCUUCUGUCUCUAGACUAUAGUGGAGAAGGAUUUUAACAUGGGUAAAGGGAAAUGCAUUUCUUUAUGCAUUUUUCAGUAACAAUAUAACUGAAUUUGAUCUCUUAGGAUGUAGAGAGAGUACAACAGCAACCUUUUCUGUAGAUUACUGUAACUUUUUAGUAAAUGUAACUGUAAACCUGUUUGCAUUUCUGUAACAGUCUUAGUAUCAUAUUAGUAACUCUGUUUAAGUGUAACUUCAUUUAAAUGUAUCCCUUCAUUUUAGUGCUUACAGUGUUGUAGCAGCUGAAUACAAAUCUAAUUGGCAAGACAUGUCUUAGAGGAACUUAUUUAUUAGUAAUAUGUGUGGGAAAUAAAAACGACAUCAUAAUACUUUGCUACUAAAAUACUUUUUUGGGUCAAGAUUGUUAUCUGAAGCAGUCAAAAUUCCAACAUUAGCAGUGGUCUUUUUUUCUUUUUUAAAAAAGCGAGGUCUUUCCAACACAGCUUUAUGUGAUUAUCUUUAAAUAUUCAUGUAGAGAAGUAUUCUCAAAGUGUGAAAAUUCCAUAUGAAGUUUUAUUCUUGUAUGAAGAGGGCAUUGCUGCAUUUUCUGCUAGUUUCAUCUUUUAAGGUGAGAUUUACUACUUUCAUGCCAUUGACUGUUUUUCUCAGUGGAAGCAUGCUGAAACACUCUCUGUUGUGUAACUUGGUUGAGCAGGCAGCUGACUUCACUACUACCAAUGAAGAGUGAUAAGCAAAAAUCUUUUCAAAGUGAAUGUAUACAUUUUUGGUGUGCUUAAAUCUGCAGCAUACAGAUGUUCAGUCUUAUUGCUUGGUACAAAAUUGCAAUAAAUCAUACUACUUAUUCUUAAAGUGCUACUUAUAAAAAGCUGAGAACAUUAGUUAAUAGUCAAUAUCUUUUUACUCUAGGUACAAAUAUUGUGUAGACUAUAGCUAUGGGGAAGCUUUACUUUCUGUGAACUUUGGGACAAACUUGGUAAUUUGUAGCAAAGCAAUAGUUUUGGGGUUUUUUUCCUGUUUAAUGGGUUUUUUUCCUUCUAAACUGCUUUUUUGAGUAAUCCAAAUAGCUAAACUUGUGUCCAUCCUAUAGGGAAUUGUAACAUAAGACAUUCACUUUUGGUGUCAAAAAUGGAGAAAAAUAAAAAUGAUUUUAAUGUGUGUGGAUUUUCCUUAUCAAAAUAAAUGCAUUGCUGAAAGGCAGCAAAAGCAAGACAAA